AUGCGGCCAGAUAAUGUGCACAGAAUCGAGUGCCGUAUCAGAUCGGAGGUGCAUCUGGGUUGCUAUCUUGGCCGUCACGAGGAUACAGCGGUGUACAGCGAUUCGGACUACUCUAGUAGUGAAGAGAGCGAUUUCGAGGAUUCUCGCACCAGUCGCAGCCGUAUUCACGCGAACGAUGCACUCGGCGCCAUUUGUGUUGAUUUUGACUUCGGUGCAGCAUGGCCCACGAAGACCAUGAUGGGUCAUUCCAAGCCCGUGGAAGAAACUGGCCCUUGCAUUUACGUACUCUUUGAAAACGGUGACAUCGUUGAAGUGAUCAGCUGCUCCUCUUCCAGGCCACCCAAUCGCCAUCAGUUCUUGGUCAAAGCUUUACAAAUUUUGCCGCCUUCUGUCGACAACUACGGUGAACAGUUUUGCUCUCUGUUGUGUAUUUCCGCUGGAUCAGUCGCAGGUCGAAGUUCUGCUUUGGAAUUGCCUCCUGACGUUCUCAUUUUGGCCAAUCGCGACGGCAGACUGUUACAAGGUGUGGUUUUACGCUCACCAGUUGCUUCGAAAAAACGCUCUGGUCACCUUGAGGGGUCAGUUUUGUGUUUAUUGGAUAGCGUGGACCUUGGACUGAGGUCCGCUCAGAACAAGAAGACGUCGCAGCUCGACGAUUUGACCAACACAUCCACUCUUCAUUCCGAUACCUUUGAUGAGACUCCACCUUCUUUGGCUUUGGAACCGUCACGUUUCAGCUCAGCCACCGAAUCUGCUGGGUUCGGUUGGCUGCGGGGUACCAGUCAGUCUAAUUCAUCUUAUCCGUUCAACGCCUACUACGCAAUUCACGACACAGGAGUUCACAUGAUCCGACUUCCUUGGUUGCAAAACCUAACCACCUGGUGCCAAAAUUUUUUUGACAUUUCGUUAUCCUCAUUAGAAAAUGAUGUUCAUGGAGCGGCUCGAGAUUGGCAUUCUGUUGUCAUUCAUUUGGUAUGCUCUCUCGUCCCUCGCUCUUCUGAUACCAAACCAUCUCGGAUUGAUGCCAUCAGGGACUUCCGUUUGGUAGGAUUUUUCGAACUGCAUCCACUUUCCUCCAUGGUAACUUCUGAGCGACCAGUACUCAGUUCUACAACAGAUCUGCUAUUUGUCCGUUCUCCGGGCAAGUCCACUGCGAUCGGGUCCGAUUUUGUACGGGUGCUGCACAUUCCCGCAUCGACGAAUACCUCUUUUCACUUGUCCACUAGCGAAGAAGUAUCGGCAACUGAACGCGAAGAUAUCUCAGAGAAGGACAAACACGAAAAGUCAACGGUCUUGCCUUGCUCAAGAUUUGCCAUUCAAGUUAGGCGUUUACUUCGUCAAGAGGAAUUGCACUUGCCUCUCAUAACCGAUUUGUCUCUACAACCCAGUCGUGCUCAAAUGCAGGGUGUGCAAUUUUUCCUCCAGACGAUCAAGCUACUUCGUUCGGCCUCCCUGGACCGCCUCACGCUGGCGCGGAAGUUCGUCGAACAGUAUACACAGAGGCUGUCAAAUCUGUUACCGGCACAAUACAAGGAUGCCUGUACGUUGGCUUCCCUUCGUCAGCAUCUCCAGCAAAAGGCAGAGGAGCUCACAGAGCGACAUGCGGUAGUCUUACAGCGGCAGGUGAUGUUAGACAAACGGGUAGCUGCGUUGACUUGUCGUCUUGCCAGUCUUGCGGACGGUCCAUCAAAGGCCGAUGUUGCUAUGCGCGACGAGUUGGAACACUUACAAGCUCGGUUAAAAAAAGGCUUACGCAACUGGUUUGAUAAUAUCAAAACGAAGAGGUUGACAUUGGAUAAACGCUACAAGGAACUAGAACGACACCGUUUCACUACUUGCCGUGGUCUCAUGCUGGAUAACGCAGUCGGUGUGGAAAUCGAUCAUACGCAAUGGAAACGUAUGUCGGACACACUAAAACGGAGCACCGUUCAGAUCAAAGAAUUGGUGAAUGAUGUAAAAAUGCUCAACUCCUAA